GCACUUGAACUUGGAAUCUUGUAACCUGAAUAACUGCAGUGGAGAAAAGAAGAAAUUUCUAACAAAUGGGAAAUUAUAAAUCUAGACCAACUCAAACUUGUACUGAUGAAAGGAAGAAAAAAGUCAGUGAAUCUUAUGUUAUCAUCAUGGAAAGGUUAGAAGAUGACCUGCAGAUCAAGGAAAAAGAACUUAUAGAACUAAAGAACAUAUUUGGCUCUGAUGAAGCCUUCAGUAAAGUCAAUUUGAAUUACCGCACUGAAAAUGGACUGUCUCUACUUCAUUUAUGCUGCAUCUGUGGAGGGAACAAGUCGCAUAUUCGAUCCCUUAUGCUAAAAGGACUCCGCCCAUCACGACUGACAAGAAAUGGAUUUACAGCCUUGCACUUGGCAGUUUACAAGGAUAGCGUAGAAUUGAUCACCGCCCUGCUUCACAGUGGAGCUGACGUACAGCAGGUUGGGUAUUGUGGCCUCAGCGCCCUCCAUAUUGCUACAGUAGCUGGUCACCUGGAGGUUGCCGACGUGCUGCUGCAACACGGAGCCAAUGUCAACAUUCAAGAUGCGGUUUUAUUCACGCCGUUGCACAUCGCCGCUUACUAUGGUCACGAACAGGUCAUCCGCCUUCUUUUGAAAUUUGGAGCUGAUAUAAAUGUGAGUGGUGAAGUUGGAGACAGGCCCCUCUACCUGGCAUCUGCAAAAGGAUUCUUUAAUAUUACAAAACUCUUGAUGGAAGAAGGCAACAAAGCAGAUGUGAAUGCCCAGGACAAUGAAGACCAUGUCCCACUCCACUUCUGUUCGCGAUUUGGACACCAUGAUAUCGUCAAGUACCUGCUCCAGAGUGGUCUAGAUGUUCAGCCUCACGUGGCUAAUAUCUAUGGAGACACCCCGUUGCACCUGGCAUGCUACAAUGGCAAAUUUGAAGUCGCCAAGGAAAUCAUCCAAAUAUCAGGAACUGAGAGCCUGACAAAGGAAAAUAUCUUCAGUGAAACAGCUUUCCACAGUGCUUGUACCUAUGGGAAGAACAUUGACCUAGUUAAAUUUCUUCUUGAUCAGAAUGUUAUAAGUAUCAACCACCAAGGAAGGGACGGACACACUGGGUUGCACUCUGCUUGCUACCACGGUCAUAUUCGCCUGCUUCAGUUUUUGCUGGAUAAUGGAGCUGAUAUGAAUCUAGUAGCUUGUGAUCCCAGCAGGUCCAGUGGUGAAAAGGAUGAGCAGACAUGUUUGAUGUGGGCUUAUGAGAAAGGUAUAUUUUUAAUCAUUGCUGUUCUAGGAACCCAUCGGCGUCCUCUUGAUACGUUAUUCUGAACCAAUGAGUGAUCUCAGCCUGGAGGAGAUGACUCCUACGUGUCUGUUCCAUCCCCCUUGGGGAAGAUUAAAAGCAUGACAAAAGAGAAGGCAGACGUUCUCCUCCUAAGAGCUGGGUUGCCUUCACAUUUGCACCUUCAGCUUUCAGAAAUUGAGUUCCAUGAGAUAAUCGACUCAGGUUCUUUUGGGAAAGUAUACAAAGGACGAUGCAGGAAUAAGAUAGUGGCCAUAAAACGGUACCGAGGCCACACCUACUGCUCCAAGUCAGAUGUGGACAUGUUUUGCCAAGAGGUGUCCAUUCUCUGCCAGCUCAACCAUCCCUGUGUGGUCCAGUUUGUGGGCGCCUGCUUGAACGAUCCCAGCCAGUUUGCCAUCGUCACACAGCACAUACCGGGGGGUUCUCUGUUCUCCCUCCUUCAUGAACAGAAGAGGGUUCUUGAUUUGCAGUCCAAAUUAAUUAUUGCAGUGGAUGUUGCCAAAGGCAUGGAGUACCUUCACAACCUGACACAGCCAAUUAUACACCGUGACUUGAACAGUCACAACAUUCUUCUGUAUGAGAAAGGGCACGCCGUGGUGGCAGAUUUUGGAGAAUCAAGAUUUCUACAGUCUCUGGAUGAAGACAACAUGACAAAGCAGCCUGGGAGUCUGCGCUGGAUGGCCCCAGAAGCGUUCACACAGUGCACGCGCUACACCAUCAAGGCCGACGUGUUCAGCUACGCGCUGUGUCUGUGGCAGCUCCUCCCCGGCGAGAUCCCGUUCGCUCACCUCAAGCCAGCGGCCGCGGCGGCGGACAUGGCUUACCACCACAUCCGGCCUCCCAUUGGCUACUCCAUUCCCAAGCCCAUAUCAUCCCUGCUAAUGCGAGGGUGGAACGCAUGUCCUGAAGAAAGACCUGAGUUUUCUGAAGUUGUUACAAAGUUAGAAGAGUGUCUCUGCAACAUUGAGCUGAUGUCUCCUGCCUCAAGUAACAGCAGUGGGUCUCUCUCGCCUUCUUCUUCCUCUGAUUGCCUGGUGAGCCAGGGAGGGCCUGGCCGGAGUCAUGUGGCAGCUUUCAGGAGUCGUUUUGAAUUGGAAUAUGCUCUCAAUGCCAGGUCCCAUGAGGCCUGGUCCCAGAGUAACGCUGGACAGCGUUCCUCUCAAGACCUGCCUUCGGAGGAGAUGAAAAGGAGCCCUCAGUUUCCCCCCGUUGACAAAUACGGCUAUGUAUCUGAUCCCAGGAGCCCGAUGCAUUUCCAUUCUUGCCGGGAUAGUGGCAGCUUUGAGGACAGCAGCUGA